CUCUCAGGAGGUGCUGUUGAAGCGAGCAGCCGACCUGGUUGAGGCUCUCUAUGGGAUGCCCCACAACAAUCAGGAGAUCAUCCUGAAGCGAGCGGCCGACCUCACCGAGGCGCUCUACAGCGUCCCCCGCAGCCACAACCAGCUGCCGUCCCUCACCGGCUCUGCCGCGCACUCGGGGAUGAUGGGAGUCAACUCGUUCAGCAGCCAGCUCGCCGUCAACAUCUCCGAGGCCUCGCAGGCCGACCAGGGUUACUCCCGUAACUCGAACAGCGUGUCUCCUCGCGGCUACGUGCCGACCUCCACGCCUCAGCAGUCCAACUACAACACCAUCACGUCCACCAUGAACGGAUACGGAGCCGGGAUGACCAACCUGGGCGUGCCCGGGUCCCCCAGCUUCCUCAACGGCUCCACCAACUCUGCUUACGCAACGAUGGCCGGUCUCAUCGUGCCGCCCAUGUGAUGACCCAAUCAGACCCCCCUGUUCCCCCCUUCCUCUGGCCCCGCCCACCUGAAACGCCACAACAACAACAACAACAACAACAACAACAACAGCAGCAGCAGCGUAAAAUCCUUCCCAUCAUGCCCCGGGACCGACCCAUAAUCCAUCAAAACCACGGACUCUCCAUCCAUUCGUGCUCCCCUCUGAAGGGGGUCAAAGGUCAAAAGGUCAGCGGUGGA